CUCUGCGAUCCGCGCUUCUUUUUUCGUCAUCGGCAAGAACGAAGUCCACUGCUCGCAUGUCAUUGACCACUUCAAACUGACCAAAAUAGUUUUGUACUAGGUAGGCACCGAAACCGAAAGAAUAAACUCACAGGGAAAAAUUUCUGGAUGCAUCCGUGUCUUUGUUUGAUGUCUGCGUAACGACCUCCGUGCCUGGACUUUUUUUGCAAAUAACCGCUCUAGAUUUUUCAUUUUUGCUAUAGAAUAUUUCCCUCGAACCAAAAUCUAACUUUUGCAACAUACUUUCACCCUGAAGUCAGUUCUUUUGCCGGGAUUGUCGACGAGACUGCAAUUUUGGUUUUGAUAUUUUGGACCAACCGGAGAGUCUUCACCGCAGAAACAAACAGCUUGCAACAAUCGAUUCUCGUCGCUCCGGUAGCUGGCCGCGAGCUGGCAACGCUUGGAUCAGCCCGGGUGAAAAGAAAAACAACAAAUCACAACGACAACGAACAAACGGGAAGUUCUUGAGGAGGAGGGGGAGUAGUUCGUGCUGCGGAGUCUGGUUGAACACGCUGCAGGGACCAGUUCUUCGUUGGGGACAGAUGGCCUCUCAUCUCUUUCCGACAGCUGGAGUGGUUGCCUCCUAUACUGUGCUUCUCCGGCUCGCUGUCAUUCUGCUCCCGGUGUCGUGGCCGCAUUCGUCUCUGAACACUUCUUUCGUCGCAGCUCGCUCGGCGCGCCUACUGACCGCGGCAGCUCCCCGGUUGAUCACGGCCGACCCGGAAAAGCAAGCGCACCGCUUGUUGUCCACCUUAGCCGGUACUUCUACCGGGAAGAAUAGCAGUGCGUCGUCGAGCAGCACGUCUACUACUUCCGCUGCGGCACCAGGGGCCGCGGCAGCAUUGGUUCCGCGCUCCGCCUCUGACCACACUUUACUGCCUGCGCGCCGCAACACACCACCUACGUUGAACGUGACCGACGCAUUGAUUCGGCAGUACAGACCGCAAAGCGCAUCGCCGACGGUUUCUCGGAGACCCUCAUCCACCUCGUACGCGUCCAGCGACUCCGGCUCCUCCACGCCGGCGGCAAAUUCCUCGAGGAGAAGCAGCCUGAGCAACCUGAGCGAUGCCAGCACCGCGGCCUCGACACCGAGCUCUAGCAGGCGUGGCAGCCGAAAAACUCCGACUUCGGGCCGGAACGCGAAGAUCGAUGCCUGGCUCGAAGACUUCAACACAGGAGAUCGGAUCACGUUCGGGCGAAAUGGCAAGCUGAUCCGGCAUGAUGAGAGUGUUUCUCGGCAAUCCGACUUUCCGGCGGGCAGCCCUCUGACCGCGAUUGAGGACGACGACGAAGAGAAAAACUCGUCUGAAGCGGAGACAGCACGGAGUUCUGACAUCAUCAUAGACGGGAGCACACCAGCAGACCGCGAGGUGGGCGAUGCGGAUGUUGACGUUGACACCGCAGGAGGAGCAGCUUCUGACGACAAAGGUCCGUUCAUGCUCAGUCCCACCGCGGGGAGUGCUCCGGAUGUUGUGGAGAAAACAGCUUUUACCGGUCCCGCAGCCUCAUCGGAUCGUCCCCAAUCCAACCAGUCUGAGCUGCUGGAAUUCGCGCGUACAGUGGCGCACAACGCGCAUCAACAGGGCGUUGAAAUCGCAAAGAGUACUAGCGCAGCGCUGAACUACAAACUGAAGGAAAAGCCUCGUCGGGACAGCGGCAAAACUGAAUCAGCAGGCAGUGGGACUACAAUUCAUCCUCUGGCCAUAGACAAUCCAGAAGACCAGGAGCUGGCGGCUCGGCUUCAGCUUUCGCGGCUUUCACUCGACAGCAAUCCGACUUCUGUGGAGCAUCAUCAAAAGGAGAAAACAAAUGCGAACUCCGGCAACAAACCCAUCUUGCAAAAAAAGGGGUCUGUUUCAUCCGGUGCUUUGCAAGCGGUGGACGGAACCACGGAAGUGAGGGGGGACGAGGGUGUUAAGUCGGCGAAGUCAGUUGCGUCGAUCCCUGCGUCUCCUAGCAAGCGGGUAUCCUUCGCGCAGGAGCCAGACUUGUCGGAGUUCAACGUGCUUCCCGUGGAAAACACGCUAAAGAAAAACGCCAACGCGAUCGGGUUACAAUGCUCGCCGGAUAUCUUCGCCUCCGGGUCGCUGCAGGCAGCACAGUACGAGAACUGCAUCGAGGAGGCAUUGCAAGAGCUAUUUGAAGUGGAGUCGGAGCUGCAGAAGUAUUUGACCUUUUUUCGCUUCAGAACAGCCCAAGCUUUAUGACUGUUUGAAAUCACUCUUAAUACUUUUGACUUCGACGCGCAGCUUUUUUUUUCCCGAAAUUCGUCAAAAAAUAAACUUGAAAUAAGUAUACGCAUCAAACACGACAGAUUAAAUCUUCCUCCUUCGAAGCGGCGUGGCCUGACUGCGCGUGCCGCGUUCCUCGUGAACCGGUUGGAUCAGCUACGCGAGAAAUUAUGUGCGAUGCACAAGCAUGCGACGGAGGCUGCCACGACGGCGAGUGACAUGCUGGCUACCUUGAUCUGUCGGUCGGUCGCGCACGCAGAAAAGCGGCAAAAGCAGUAUGCGGACCUGCGCGAUGCGAUCCACGAGAAACAGGCGGUCGCGCAGAACAUGCUGAGCCUGGAGAAGAAAGUGGCGCACGUCGUGUCGAUUCGCAAAAAUCCAGUUUGGACCAUGACCAAGCGCUUCUCAAAACUGGCUGCAACGUAUUGCCUUGUUUUUCGUGUGAUUUUUUUAAGAAAUCAUCGAUACAACUCUUACUGAGCCACUCCCAGAUCCAAAUUUGCAGAAGGCCGCGUAAGCACGCGCUACUAUGAUGACAGUUUUUGAAUGUCUGACGUUGACACGCAAGUGCCACUGACGACUUUAAAACCAAAAGAAGAUUAAUAAUUGCCUGAUGUACGUGAUGAAAUUGGAAACCACGCGAGUUAUAUUCAAAAAGAGGAGGCGAAAAGCGACAGCUCCAGUGUGCGAUGAAGUACCAAAGACGUGAAGCUGCAGUCGUGAUGACAAAAUUUAGAAUCUGUGACAGCAUCCCCUGGGUGUUGAUUGAAGAUUCAAAAACAAAUGAAGAUUAAUAAUUGCCUGAUGGUUCCUUCUCUCUAAUCGCACGUUGUGCGAGUCCGCCUCAUUUAUUUGCAACACAAGAUCAUCAAGCGCCCUUCCAAAUCGUGUCUUGUUAAUUACAUCACCACAAAAAAAUCUGCAGUGCCGCUGUGACAGAACUGAAGCGACGCUUCACACAAUCCGCAUCGUCCAAGAGUUAGGGUCGAGCAACGGACAAAACAAACUCACUGCAUCUGUUCUAAAUUUUCCUUAUCCGGCACUGCUUUCACUUCCACCGAGCGCAUGGACGGACCAUCUGUUCGCCUUCCUCAUCCUUUCGCUGUGUUACAAAUGACGGACUCCGAAGCAUGGCAAAAGAAGCAAGGCGCAGCCGGUGUGUACUUACACGGCCCUUGGCGAACUUCGAAGUAGAUAAGUGCUUUGAGAAGCAGAAUGCAGCCUCUUCUUUGCUCGUGAUAAUUGUGUUUAAAAGAAGUAACAAACUGUAUUAUGCACGCACUUUUGAAAUGUACGAAAGCAAGGGUCGCUUGCGACCUGCUGCUGGUGAUAAACUUGACCGUAAUUGACGAAAGUAUAGAGUGGUUUUAGAGAGUAGAGUGAUAAAACCACGACGACCACAAGCGCUUUGUGUCUUGGUCUUGCGAGACGCUGGCGUUGAUAAUUGUUAAUCGUAAGUGCAAAGAAUACCGAAAACAGAAGCUGCGUUUGCGUUUCUGCAGAUGCUGAAUUGCAUAUGUGUAAAAGAUUUUUUGAGAAUAUGGAAAAGUUUUUGUCACAGCUAUCACAAAGUUUUGAUGGUUCGCGUGAGUAAACCAGUUCUUAAGUGUUGAAAAAUGAACACCCGUAUCACUUCACUAUUCUGAAAAAAAUCGAAAACAAUCUGAAUGCCUGCCGGGUGAAAAAAAAACUCGGCCUAGUCUGUCAACCACAAAGAAACUUAGAAUUGUC